GUCAUUCAGAUGUGGUCUAUGACAACCUGACAGCUUGAUUACUCAAAACUAUACUUUUGUUACUUAGAACCCUGUAAUUGCAAAUUCACGAUUUCUUCAGGUUGUGGGGUACGGGAGGGCACAAACAUGACAAACCGUUCUUCAGUGAGGAAGCAAUGUUACUCUGAAUACGCACAAGCAGUAUCCCGUGUGCUGUUAUAAAUAGCUCUGCAGAUCUCGCCUCUGCUGUAAACAUGCGGACAGCACCUUGUGAUCGUGUUUUUUAAAAGGGCAUCUGCACCUGUCAGUCUCGGCAGCCGAUACUGCUAUAUAAAUACUUAAUGGACACAGUACCAAACUGCUUGACACCGGAAUUGUGCUGGGAGUAUUCCGAAGUUAAAAUUAAUUCAUUAAAUGUUCACUUUGGUUUUGUUUUGUUAAACACCUCUAAACCCGUAACAGUGCAGGCUUCAUACCAGUUAUACUUGUGGAGGCUAUUGGUGUAACGCAACAGUUUUUCACCUGUUUGAAUGUUGAGGACGGUGAAUAAUGUCGCGGCGGGAUACAUUCGUGUUCACCUCCACCACGCUGAGGGCCCUGAGGCAUCAGCAGGACAUGCUGGACUGGGAGACCGAGCGGCGGGCCCUGGCCAGGCGGAGGCUCCUUCUCCCCAAAGCCAGGAAGACCAUCACCCCCCGGCCGCAACCAGACCGGGAGUCUAAAUACUGCCGCGACGCUGUCAUCCACAACGCUCUCUUCACGGGGGACCGCGACAAAAUCAAGAGCAUCUUCAAUGACGAGGCCACGUCAAACAUGAUUAUAGAAACGCUCAACGAUGAACUUGUCUGGUCACCAGAAAUGGGGCUUUGGGCCUUGACCCCCAAGCCAAAGUACACAUCUGCGUUGCGCAUCACCGCUGGCAGGGGUUACGCUGCCUGUGCCAAGCUGCUGCUGCACAACGGGGCUGAUGUGAAUGCCACCCCUGGAGGGCUCAGCGCCCUUCAUGAUGCCUGUGCCGGUGGCUUCACCGACUGCGCCCAGCUGCUCCUCAGCUACGGAGCCAAUCCAAACAUCCUCUCCGAAGAGGGGAGCGCUCCCCUGCACCUCUGCACCACCCCCAAGACCUUCCUGUGUGCCAAACUGCUCCUGGAGUUCGGUGCUAACAUUAACAUCAUGACCAGAGACACCCAGAUGAGCCCUCUGCAUGUGGCAGCGCAGCACGGGCUAGAGGAGCACCUCAGCCUGUACCUGUGCAGAGGAGCCCACGUGUGCAGCCGCAAUCGCGAGGGCGAGACUGCCCUCAACGUAGCCUGCGCCAGCGCCGACAAGCCCGCGGAGGGUGGGCGGUACUACCGUGUGGUGCAGAAGCUGCUCUCCAGCGGGGCGGACGUAAGAGUGGCAGGCAGGAAGAACCACACCCCGCUGCACAACGCCUGCGCCAACUGCAGCUACCGCAUUGUGGAUCUGCUGCUCCAGCAUGGGGCGGCUGUCAACCAGCGGAACUGCGCAGGAUACACGCCAAUGGAUUGCGUCUUACAGGGGGUGGAGGACUACUUGGAUUGGCAACCGGAGGGCAUUGUGCUGUCCUUACUCAAUCACGGCGCUUUACCCAUCAAUCCCAAGAUGCUCAAACUGUGCUCACUAUCCCCCAGAACCAUGGAAGUGAUCCUGAACUCGUAUGAGCACAUCCCACUGUGUAAUUCCUGGGUGGAGUCCGUCCCUCCUGAGGUUUGGCAGGAGCACCACUCGUUCUACAGCUCUGUGGUGCAAAUGACCAACCAGCCUCGAUCACUGCAGCACCUGGCACGCUGUGCCAUACGCAGGUACCUUGACGGGCACAGCCACUCCGCCAUCACCCAGCUGCAGAUCCCUCAUUCCCUCCAGGAGUACCUGCUGCUCAAGAUUGAAGGCUCCAUCAAAUAAUGCACAGGGAUAACCAUUCAUUACAGCACAAAUAUUCUUUAAAAAAAAAAAAAAAAAAAAAAAAAAAGAUUUUCAAAUGCAUUUAUUUAUCCCAGAUAAAGAACCCCUGAGACAUGCCUCUCAUUUUGAAAGGAGGUCUUAGCAAGAAGGUGGCAGUAAUAAACUUGAGUUAAAAACUGA